CGAAGAGAUCUCUCGCGACAGCCUCAAGGCUCUUCAACCUUCUCUCAAACCCCACCUAAGACGGCAACCGGUCAAGCACAUUCCCGACAACCUGACCGUGAAGUUGCUCAACUCACCGUCUCACUUCAACAUGCAAAAGUUCUUGGAAAAGCACUCAGUGCAAGCGAAAGGCUCAGGCUCAGGUGACUCCCAGGCCCCGACAAGCAUGAAAUGGAAGGGAUCUGUACGCCAGGCCCUGGAAGAAGCUCGAGUUGAGGCGUUUGGGGCGGUUCUGAGCAGUCAAACUUCCAGCGCAGAUUCGAAGGUGCAUCUCAAGACCAUUGCUGACAGCAAUCUGAACAAAACGAACGAGAAGAGAGCCGAGCUGCUUGCGGCAAUACGCGAUGCUGCUGCGUUCUGGUUGGUAAGCAAGAAGCGGAAGGACUCGGAGUUCAAGAAGACUUCGACGAUGAGGCUGAAUCACCUCAAGAAGAUGACGAGAAGAUUCAAACAGCUGGAGGCUGAGCACAAACUUGAGUCUAUUAGGAACCUGCAGACCUACAAGAAGGUGCUGAAUCAAGACUUGGUCGGGUACGCGCUGGCAUUGGAGGAACGAGAUACUCUCGGAUUGAGCUCCAAGGAGAAAAUCAUACAGACAAGCAUCGAGAAACUGAAAGCUUCCACGAGUGACGGCGUGAGCAGCACAUGCACAGAUAAAGAUUCGAUACCUGAGGCUGACGCGUCUCAAGACCUGCAGUUAGAUGAAGUUGCCGAUGCC